UGUCAAACAACCCACGUGUUUAACGAAGGAGAGCUUUAGAAAGUCUGCGAAAAAUAGCGCUUAAUCGUACAAAUCGUGAAAUUAUGAACAUUGAAAGAUAACUAGUUUAUGUUUUUUGUAAGUGCAACAAGAAAGAACUAGGAAUUAAGAUACUUUCGAAGUGCUCUUCUUCUGUAAUUUUUUGUCGCUUGUGCAUCGUUAAGUAGACCGACGCACAAUGCAAUGCUAAACGAUAAACCGUCAAAGUAUUUUUUUUCUAAAUAUCAGUAAUGUUACCAUGAGGGAGAAUGUUCAAAAUAAUGCUUGGCGCUCUGUGGAGACCCUGGGAGUCCUUUAUUGCAAAGGGUUUGAGGAGCCGCGGGGGGAGGUACCUGAGCGCGAUGGGCGACGCCGACACCAUCUUCGCUCUGUCCUCGGGCCACGGCAGGUGUGGCGUGGCGGUGAUCCGCGUCAGCGGCCCCUCCUCGUCCUCGGCCCUCUGCAGCCUGGCGGGGCCGAACCGGCGCCUCCCGGCCCCCAGGACGGCCGUCCUGCGCGACCUCACGGACCCCCGCACCAGGGAGCUGCUCGACAGGGGGCUCGUCCUGUGGUUUCCAGGUCCUCACAGCUUCACCGGUGAAGACAGCGCAGAGCUCCAUGUCCACGGGGGUCCUGCCGUCAUCAGUGGGGUCCUACAAGCUCUAGGCAGCCUUCCGGGCCUGCGCCCCGCAGAGGCUGGGGAGUUCACCAGGCGAGCCUUUCACGCGGGCAAGCUGGACCUGACGGAGGUGGAGGGGCUUGGGGACCUGAUUCACGCGGAGACCGAGGCCCAGAGGAGGCAGGCUCUCAGGCAGAUGGCGGGAGAGCUGGGCCGGCUCUACCAGACGUGGAGUCAGGAGCUCGUCAGGUGUCUUGCUCAUACCGAAGCUUUCAUUGACUUCAGUGAGGAGGAGAUGAUAGACGGUGGUGUUUUAAAUGAAGGUCAGAGGCCAGUGGCCAUCGUGUCCCCGGUCCCCGGGACGACCCGGGACAUUGUGGAGACCCCCCUGGACAUCGGGGGCUUCCCCAUCUUACUGAGCGACACGGCCGGCCUGAGGGACACGCCCGACAGUGUGGAGAGAGAGGGGGUCCGGCGAGCCAGGGAGAGGGUGGAGCAGGCCGACCUGACACUGGCUGUGCUGGAUGUGACCGAGCUGCCCCGGGACACCAGGAGCUCACCCAGCUUCCUGACCGGCUACCUGAGGGAUGUGCUGAACGCUGGCCAGGAUCCGGGGUCCGGCCUGGGACGCUGCCUGCUGGUCCUCAACAAAACUGACCUGCUGACGGGAGAGCAGGUGGACGGCCUCAGAGGGGUCCUCAGCCCGCGGCCCGAGGGGCUGCCCCCCGUCUGCCUGCUGUCCUGCCGAACCGGAGACGGGCUGGGGGACUUUCUGGGAGUCCUGCAGGAGCAAGUGGAAACCAUGUGUGGAAACCCUUUAGCAGGAGCCCCCAGUUUGACCCAGGCUCGGCAUCGCUCUCACCUGCAGCAGUGCUGCCAGGGCCUGGCGCAGUACCGCUGGUACCGGGAGAGGGACCUGGCACUGGCGGCAGAGGGGCUGCGUCUGGCCCUCACCAGCCUGGGCAGGAUCACCGGCAGGGUGGGAGCAGAGGAGAUCCUCGACGUCAUCUUCCGGGACUUCUGCAUCGGCAAAUAGGCAUCCAGACGCUUGGAAUCCUCGUGGAUCAGCUUGGCAGGAGCAGCCAGCGGCUGAGGGGAGGAGGGAGUCACUGCAGUCAGUUACAGGCACAGGGACUUGUUAUUGACGGCAAACCCCUGUCCACACAAGUGUUAGACAGAACAGGAGAGGCGGGUCUGUCCGGUGUGGUUUCUGACAGCUACAGCAACAUGACUGGGUUAAUUGUCAUGUUAAUUGUCAGUCUCCCACACCCCUUUGUGUAAAGAUAUACCUCCGACUCUCUGUCUGAUGAGCUCGUGUGUGUAAGCAGUCUCUCCAAGCCGAAGAAAAGCUGGAAAGCAUUGGAUCAAAUGAAAGUAAAAAUACCACAACUGUUUGCCCGUUAAAGCCUUGGCUACUUUGCUGCAAAACAAGAGCAAUUAUACAUAAACAUGCAUCC